AUGGUGGACGAUCUCAACUUACGCAUCGACCCUGCAUCCUCGGGACUCGCAUACUUCUUCUGCCGACAUGAUCUUCCUGAAAGUUUGGUUGCGAGGAUAGUGAUAGGCACACUCACUCGUCAGAUUAUCAACCUGUUUCCACAACGCUUAGCUAAUGUGGAAGCUAUGUAUACUGAGGGCUUCCGUUCACUCCUAGGCUUAAUGGAACGGGUUGUGCCUCGCCAGCACGCCGUUUACAUAAUACUUGAUGGCCUCGAUUUGUGCUCUCGAGCAGAAAGAGACAUAAUCCUCGAGCACUUGUCUCUCAUGGGUACAAAGUUCAAUAUACAUACCUGCGUUUCACUUCGCCUGGACCCUGAAGUAGAGCUACAUACUUUCUCUACAGAGCUUUCAGGAGAAAAGGCUGUGAGGUUUCCCAACAAUACUUCGGAUAUUGACGCAUUUGUCAGAACACAGUUAGAGGUUGCUCUAUCAAACCAAUCUUUGACUCUAGGCGACCCAUCCAUCAUUCUUGAAAUUCAGGAUGCGCUGUUACAAGGUUCACAGCACAUGUUUCUCUGGGUUGCUCUCCAAAUCCAAACGCUCUGCACGAUGCACACCGAUCAUGACAUUCGACAAGCGCUCAAUGACCUACCUCGGGACCUCUCUCAAAUUUACAGUCGGAUACUGCAGCAGGCAACGAGACCAAGCCGACCGUCACGAUCAGACAUAUUCAAGCUCAUAUUGACUUCGAGAACGCCACUUACGGUACAGGAAAUGCGAGAAGCUCUGAGCGUAGUUCCAGGAGAUACUACGUGGAACCCUGCCAAAGUUCUCAACAGCAUAUACCCGGCACUGGCGACCUGCGGUUGUCUUAUCACUGUUGACGAAGAGGAACACACGAUACGUACGGUCCAUCCAAGUGUGAAUCAAUUCUUGCUCCGCAAUGACUCCACGCCUCCGGAUAACGUGCAACAGGAUCAAUUUUCGCUGGAGGAUGCGCAAGCACUAACGUCGUCGAUCAUCGUCACCUACCUGGGGUACGGCAUAUUUGGAACAGAGAUUGCUCUUCGUUAUCCUUCAUUCAACGUAGGAUCCGUGCCUUCCCAGAUCAUCAGGUCCACAACACAUACAGGAAAAAGUGUUCAAUCCAUAGCCUUGAAGCUAUUGAGAUCCUCGAAAAGGACCGAAUUCUAUGCGUCGAAAGCUCUCGCACAGAAAUACAAGGAACAUAUUCCCUCAAGCUUGGGUGACUUCCAGUUCCAACAUUACGCAAAGAAGUAUGUCUUGCUUCACUUGACAGAACUUCCUGCCAUCUCAUGCGCCAUUCCAGAAAGUCUAGUCACAAUGUUCAAGCAUGGUGUAAUACGCAUCAGGGAAUAUGACGAGAUUAUCGGUUUUUUAUGGCUCAUGCUUCGAUAUCCUGUCACAUUGGACGUCAUAGACCUGAUACAAAACCAACACACGAAGGAAACUCUGGAAGGAGCCCAAAGCUCACUAGAUGAUAUCUUUCCCAGACUGUUCUAUCGCGCGAUCGAAACUGGUAGUAUCAAUGCAGUUGAACAUUUGCUGGAUACCUACCGCAAAUUCGACCCUUACUCGCCUACUCUAAACCCCUCUACAUCAACGUUCAUCUUUUGCACACAAUAUCUGAGAUGGCGCCCUGAGCUGGAGAGCUAUACCGACUUCUUUGGGCCUGCACCGCUGUGUUAUGCCAUAAUACAGUCGCAGGACCACGUUGUUGAAGUCCUUCUCAACGAUGGGCGGAUACCUCAGCACGAAAUAACGGACACGACCACGCACGACGGAAGCUUAGAUCUAUGGGACAAGCCGAUAGGCGUUGCCAUGAAGCUGAAGCGCAUUAGGGUUCUGAAAUUACUGACCUCGUCGCAGCAUUCUACGCUGCGAUUCAUCCUGUCAGAACACGAGAUUGAGCUGCUAUUAGAAUGUGCUAAAAAGCUCCCUGAUAGCUCUAUCGCGUCCUCACUCGAGAGAUUGAAACGGAGGCGUGAAGAAAGCACCGGCUCAUAUUAUCCCGAUGGCUCAGAAUCGUUCUAUCCCAAAAGCAACUUCAGCUCUUUCUAUCCCGGACAAGGCGAUAACUCACCAACUGUUCCUGACAUGCGGCACAACACGUUCACCUUGUUCCCGUCUGUCAACGCGCCUCCGGCACCAAAAGACGAGAAAUCUCUCGCGGUCAAUGAACUCUGA